AUGCCCGGGCUGCGCCUCGCCCGCCCGCCCGCCGCAUCUCCGGGCGGCGAGUGCGGGCUCCCCGACCCCGGAGCACGUGUCCCGCGCGCCCGCGGCUCCGCGCCCGCUCCAGCGGGAGCCCCGGGUCCCGGCGCGGCUCCUCCGCACAAAGCCCGGGGCCGCCCCGACCCCGCGGCCGCCCCGCGGUGGCUGCUCGCUCUCGCCCGCCCCCCGAGCGCCCCCGCCUGCGGGGGCACCGCCGCCGAGCCCCGCUCCCGCCCCGCACCGCCCCCUCCGCCCGCUCGGCUCCCGCGGCUCCACCGGCUCCCGCACGCGGGAACCGCCGCAGCCUCGCCCGCCUCGCUUACCCUCCGCUGCUGCUCCGCACCGGCACCGCGUCCUGUCCCAGCGCCGCGGCCCCCGACGUCCCGAACCGGCUCCGCGCAGGCCCCGCCGACUCCGCGCCGCGAUGACCACCGCGACCAUCAACUUCUGGCUGCAGUGGCCGCUCUGCCGCCGCCUCCGGACUUUUUUUCCCUCUGCAACUCGGCCGCCUCAGGAAUUUUUUUUUUUUACUUGCCCUCUCCAGCUCCCACUAGUGAUUGGAGACUGAGAGCCAAGUACUUAGAGGAGGGAUUACACUUCCCGACGCACUUGGACAGCCCCGCGGAGCCGCCUGUGUGA